AUGGGAGGUGGGGGGAAAUGGGGAGUUGGGGGCAGGGGCGGUGGGAAGGUGGGGGGGGGGGGAAAAGUGUGGGACGUGGGGGUAAUGAGGGAAGGCCCUCCCACCCGUCAGAUGGCCGGAGAGGUUGGCCGGGAGCGUCUCCAAAAAGCUCUCUCAUUCAAACCACUGGAUAAAAACGGAGAGGUGCCGUCGGCUCACGACAGCACAUGUGAGAGAUGCAACGACAAUAGGUAA